UGUGCGACAAAUAUCUAUCUGGAACAUUGUUGUAUUUGCUACAGACCUGUAGUUACAGUUAACAACUUAAUCUACUGAAGAUGGCUUCAAGGAUGGUCAUGGUGGCGAUGUCGGCUUUCUUGGUCUGCGCUCUCCUCGCUUCGACGCCGGAAGCGGCAAGGAUGCAGCUGGAGAGAGGUGAGGUUGUUGUUGCCGGUGUCGAUGGAGGCCAUGGCACCGGCAAUGUGCACUACUGGGAGCAGCAGCGCGAGUUCAUUGGCCGCCGCCCGAGGCUGGCGUCGUCCACGCGGCGCGACGGUGUCGCACUGGCAACGUCACGUCAGGUCGUCAGCGGGGACGGCGGUGUGAAGAGAGAGGUGCCCGGCGGGUCGGACCCGAUACACCACGGCGAUAUGGCGCCGUCGUCGUCGACUGAUCCGUAGAAAGAGGAAGAGGAAGAGUGGUGGCGUGCACGUGCUCAUGCAUGCAUGCAUGGUAGUGGGUAGCAUGCGUGGUUAUAUGGCCGUGCAUGUAUUGUGUCUCGUCUGGUACAUGCAGUUUGUAAUAUUACGUCCUUCUUGUACGGAGUAUUUGUUCCACCAGCAGCAGCGAGCUAGCUAGCUUGCUCUCUGCAUGGUUGAACACGUCGAAAUAAAUUUGCUGUGGUAA